UGCGGAGUUUAACCCACAUUGCGACGCAGGAGGUUCAGAACUACUUAACUGGAACCGUCCAUUUUCAAGUGGUCUUUGUGCUUGUUGAAGCUUCGGAGCCUAGUUAUCUUGGUUUACCUUAGCUUAGCUUAGCUUCCGAACAGAAAAACGUGGUUCGUCGCUUGAACAUCAAGUGGGAGCCUCCUAAAGUGUGCAAAAUGCGAGCAAGAAGGACGCCAGCCGAAAAGUUAGAGGCGGAACUUUGUGGUGCGAAACAUCAGCGACAACAUCAACUAUCGAAUGCUUGCAAAAUGCAAGUAAAAGUUGUUCUUCGCAGGCUACCAGAUCGAUAUGUCAGCCAAGACCAUCGUCCUGAGCACCAAGAGUCUGCAUGCAUCAAAGAGGAGGAAGAGUCCAGACCCAUCCAAGGUCAUUUUAAGUUUCAGCAAAUAUCUUGGUCAUGGCGCUCAACAGCUAAAGAGAGUAGUACAACUUCCAAUCAAAAAGGAGGUAGAGCUGACAUACUUUAAAGAGGAGGGCGAUAUCACCAUGUCGACUGGUGAGCCCUUGAAGAGCGAGGAUGAUCAGAGUGAGGCCAGCAGAGGGGCAUUACCUCCAAGCGGCAGCUCAACGGAAGGAUCGCAAACACACAUUUUCAUCGCAACAUCAGAUAAAAAUGGCGCCACGUCACACUCCCCUUACAAAGAUGAUGGUCAUAAGACAUCUCAUCGUGGGAAAACCUUUGCUACUAACUGUAUUUGUCGUAUGCAUAUGAGGAGCCACAUUGGUGAAAAUCCUCUUGUCUGCUCAGUUUGUGGUCAAGGAUUUACUCACAAGAGCCAAUUAGACAGACACACAAGAACCCACACUGGUGAAAAACCUUUUUCUUGCUCAGAUUGCGGUCAAAGAUUCAGCUGCAAGUCCACCUUAAAAACACACACGAGAACCCACACUGGCGAGAAACCUUUUUCCUGCUCAGUUUGUGGAAAAACAUUCACUCACAAGAGCACCUUAAACACACACACAAGAACCCACACUGGUGAAAAACCUUUUUCCUGCUCAGUUUGUGGUAAAGGAUUCACUCAAAUUCACCACUUAAACGUACACACAAGAACCCACACAGGUGAAAAACCUUUUUCCUGCUCAGAUUGCGGUCAGAGAUUCAGCUGCAAGUUCACCUUACAAAAACACAAAAGAACCCACACUGGUGAGAAACCUUUUUCCUGCCCAGCUUGUGGAAAAAGAUUCACUCAGAAGAGCACCUUAAACACGCACACAAGAACCCACACUGGCGAAAAACCUUUUUCCUGCUCAUUAUGUGGUCAAGGAUUCAGUCGUAGGAGUGUCUUAAAAGUACACACAAGGGCACACACUGGCGAAAAACCUUUUUCCUGCUCAGAUUGUGGUCAAGAGUUCAGUUAUAAGAGUUCCUUUAAUGGACACAAAAGAACCCACACUGGUGAAAAACCUUUUUCCUGCUUAGUUUGUGGUCAAAGAUUCACUCGCAAGGAUCGGAUUAAGAGACAUGUGUGUAUUGGUGUGAGAAGCAGUGGCCAAUGACUAUUUUGCCUGUCAUCUAAAUUGUAGACUCCAAAUUACAAAAAUUCUGAAUCACUCAACAGCAUAAUUACAUAAAUUUGGAAAAUUAUGAUUGGCUCGCAAAUAGUAGUUUUUUUGGGGAGAGGUGAUUAUAAUUUAAAAAGCUACUGCUAUUGAUUGACAGUGACAUAGUAAGACAGAGUAUUCGGGCCAAAUAAAGAUAGGGAAAAAUGACUACGAGAUUAAAGUUGUACUCUUACUGCAAGAAAAAAAGUAUUAUUACUUAUUUAUUACUUAUUAGUAUUUAUCACUCCUUAGCGAGGAGCUCAAACCUCCAAAAAUCACUGAAAUGCAGAUAAAACUGCUUUUGGCACAGUUAUUCCUAUAACACAAACAUUCAUUCAAAAUUGUUGAAAUGAUUUGCAAAAUAAAAGUUAACAUAACCAGCAGUAACCCCAACCUCCAUCUCCUAAUUUCCCCCCCAUGUUUCCUAAAUGCAAAACCUCAAUUUUAACUACUUAAGAACAUUAGAUUUUCAUUGAAAUAGCGUACCACACGUAACACGUCACCUUUGCUCAUUCAUAUCAUGACGUUAGCAACUGUUGCUGGGGGGGUUAAACAUGCAUUUGUCCUUCAUGCUUGAUACAUGUAAAUAGUGUAUGAACGAGAUGUUUACAGAGCAAAACCUACCAAUUUUGUCCGAAAAUGAUGUCCCUGGUGCCAGGUUCUCUGGUAAAGAUGUGAAAGAACAUACAAAUAUUCAGUUAAAGAGAUGGCUUGAGUGUCGAGGGCCAAAAAAGAUGGGGAAAAAGAGCCGACUUGAUCCAGAGGUAGCCUUACGACGAUGACAUUCUCCUGUUUCAACAAGCUAGCAUUUACCAACAUAUGCCCUGUCUUUCUUAUAUAUUAUAUCCUCUGGUUGUCUUAUGUCUCUGACAGUUGUUCGGGGUGAUUUAUUUUGUUAUUUUCAAGUAGCGAUCGCAUAUGCUACUCGGUGACAGCCAACGAACACAUUUAUUUUUUUGAAUGAAUGCUUUAUUUUAGACGAGGGCCUGGGGCCUUUGGAAGCGAAACAGCCCCACACCAUCACUGACCCACCCCCAUACUUCACAGUGGGUAUGACGUGCUUUUCAGCAUGUGCAUCUUUCGUGGCACGCCUGACCCACUUAGAGUGUUUGUUGCCAAAAAGCUCAAUCUUGUUCUCAUCUGACCAAAGCACACGGUCCCAGUUAAAGCCCCAAUAGCGCUUGGCGAACUCCAGACGUUUGUGUUUAUGAUCGUGAGUGAGGAAAGGUUUUCCCCGUGCAUGCCUCCCAAACAGCUUGUUGACGUGUAGACAGCACCUUAUACCCACUGUGAAGUAUGGGUGUAGGUCAGUGAUGCUGUGGGACUGUUUCGCUCCCAAAGGCCCUGGGAACCUUGUUAGGGUGCAUGGCAUCGUGAAUGCUUUGAAAUACCAGGACAUUUUAAAUCAAAUUCUGUUGCCCUCUCCCCGAAAGCUGGGUCGUCACUGGGUCUUUCAGCAAGACAUUGACCCUAAACAUAUGGCCAAAUCUACACAGAAAUGGUUCACCAGACACAAAAUCAAGCUCCUCCCUUGGCUAUCUCAGUCUUUAGACCUCAACCCCAUUGAAAACCUGUGGGGUGAGCUGAAGAGGAGAGGACCCAGGUCUCUGGGUGAUUUAGAGAGAUUCUGCAAAGAGGAAUGGCUGAAGAUCCCUCUUUCUGUCUUUUCCCAUCUUUUGAAACAUUAUAGAAGAAGAUAAGGUGCUGUUGGCAAAAGGGGCCAAUAAUAUUGCACGCCCCACUUUUCAGUUUUUUAUUUGUUAAAAAAGUUUAAAUUAUCCAAUAAAUGUUGUUCCACUUCACGAUUGUGUCCCACUUGUUGAUUCUUGACAAAAAAAUUUAAUUUCAUAUCUUUAUGUUUGAAGCCUGAAAUGGG